AUGGGCAUUGUGAUGGGCAUGUUGCAGGACUUCACCCGGAACUUGGCAUACCUGCUGGCCCCACACCUGGUGCACAGCUCAGCGCUGCUGCUGGUGCCACACUCGGCGGCCGCGCUGGAGCAGCUGGAGGGCAAGCUGACCGCUACCUGCCCAGCGUUCUGCCUGCGUGGCCUGCUGGCUGACCUGGCCUCAAAUGAGCCGCAGCGCGUGGUGCAUGCCGCCUGGGAGCUCCAUGGGGACGGGCCGACAGAGUGGCUGCUGCUCAUCAACAACGCCAGGGAGCGGGCGGCGCCGAGACGUGCUCCUGAGCGCGUGCAGAGUGCAUUCCUCCUCCAG